AUGCGCAUUGCCAUGCGGAAGCGGCUAGUCCUAGACGCGACCCUCAAGAAAGAUCAGAUUCGAGCUCCUCUGAGCCGCGAUGACGGCGCUGAUGCAAGCACAGCAAUUGACACAGAUACCACGAUAGCAUCCACGCCGGGCUUUCCUCGACGCUUCUUGCUGAAUCAAAGUGGCCGACAGCGAUAUGCUGACGGUGGAGUUUGGGCGUCUAUAGAGCGGAGACAGACUGUUCCCUACGCUGCGGGUACCUCGUCUGCCACUGUUCUGAGCCCAAGUAGCGAAUAUCCCCAGCCAUUGAGCAAUCCAACAGCAUCUGCCGACCUGAAGCUUCUACACCCACCGACCGAACGAAUCUUUCCACUAUGGCAGGUCUAUCUGGAGAACGUGGACCCGAUCAUCAAGAUCUUGCACGUGCCCACGACUCAAAAGCAACUCCUUCAAGCCAGCCAGAGCCUGAACGGUCUGCCUCCAUCGUUCGAGGCUUUGAUGUUCGCGAUCUACUAUGCCGCCGUGAGCAGCAUGCAAGACACUGUUCACGAGCCAGCAGAGCGUUCGGAACUACUGGACAAGCACGGGUCUGGAGUGGAGCAGGCGCUUGCGAAGGCCUCUUUCAUGACCGAGCCAGAUCUCUUCGCACUUCAGGCACUUACGAUCUAUCUCCAUUGCGCCCGGGCUACAGGUCAUCGGCCUCCUGCUCAAGUCUGGGCACUUACUGGUUUGCUUCUGCGCCUGGCGAGAAAACUGGGCCUGCACCAGAACCCAAGCACACUAGGAUUCUCGCCAUUCGAAAGCCAGAUCCGCUCGAGGCUGUGGUGGUUCAUAUUUGUCCUGGAAACCAUGUCCGCAGAAGACAACGAUAUGGCGAUCAGCAUCAACAAUUACCAGCACAGGGUCGACCGGCCAAAGUGUGUCAAUGAUACGUCUCUGGAAGUCUCAAUGAGUGCUGUGGUUGAAGGCAGCUCACGUCGCUCUGAGAUGGUCUUCACUGAAAGAUUGCUCGACAUCAGUCAGACGACAUCUCGACAGCUGUUUGCGACAGAGCUAGGCAUGACAGAUCAAUCGCCACAGGACGUUGAUGAUGACAUCAGAAGUAUGAGCUCCCUUUGGGAACUCCUCGAUCAGAGCUUGGACUGGAAGACAGCGAUAGGUAGAUUUGUUCAGCAAUACACAAACGUCGAGGAGCGCAGGAUGAGGAUCAUCAACCGACUGGCCAACGGCGACGUCCACUAUCCAUCGUCUCUGGACUUCGAUAAGGAGCCUGAUGUUGCGGCGGUGGACAUACUCAACGACAUCGACGACGCCGGCUUCCCGGAGCGAGCGAAGAAGUUUGCUUGGUUCCUGCGGAAUCCUGCCGAGAUGGUUGCAGUUGCUGCGCUUCUUGACAGCAUUUUGACCAAGCGGGAUGAGUACUCACGAAAAUUUGCCCAAGACAGUCAGCACCUGAUCGACCAGUGCUUUGCUCGUGCCAACCGUGAUGGGAGGCUGAGGUCCGGCGACCCGCGUUGGCGACUGCUGGAGCAUCAAUACGUUUCCAUGCAACGCUUUCUAGCCGAAGCUGAUGACAUAGCACAGAUCUGA